GGUUUUCCCUUAUUUCUAUCAAAUUCCAUCUCUUCACUCUUUCACAUUAACCAUAAGCCCUCCCCAUUUUAUACCCCCCGUCUCAUUCAAUUACCUUUUUCUCUUCACCUGACAACCCCUACGGAGAUGCAAUCUUUCACAUCUCUGUUCUCAAUCUGUACAAAUAUCCCAGCAUGAAUUUUACCCCAAAACAAGAAUAAUUGUUUUUUACUAGAGUCCUUUGUGUCCUAUGUUUCUUCUGUUCAACACCCUGUUUCCACCCGUUCAUCGACAUUUCUUGGUUCUUUUCACCCUUUUUAAUGUGCCCAGACUUUGGUCUUUGAUUUUGAAAAACUUUUCAAAUAUGAAAUACCCAUAUGAUAGUUGAUUCAGAAUUCUGAAUGGGGAAAGCGACUGAGGCUGAUAUAAAAGAGAAAGGGUUUAGUAAAUUGGACCAGGAAACCAAACCAAAUACAGAGGACACAAAUGAAGUUUCCAAAACGAAUAAAAAUAGAAAUACUAUUUCAGAUAGCCGGGGGAAGAAUAGCCGGCGGCGGCUAAAGAAGAUGAUGACGUUGUCAGCGUCGGUGCACCCGGUUCAAAGGCUUUUCAAUGCUUGCAAGGACGUUUUCGCCUCUGCCGGGACUGGAUUUGUUCCUUCUCCCGAUAAAAUUGAACAGCUUAGCACUCUUUUGGAUGAAAUUCAGGCGGCCGAUGUUGGUCUUACUCCAAAGAUGCCGUUUUUCAGUCCGCAAGUAACUCGGCGAGCUCCAACGAUAACAUACCUGCACAUCCACGAGUGCGAAAAGUUUUCGAUUGGAAUCUUUUGCUUGCCUCGAUCCGGUGUUCUUCCGCUUCACAAUCACCCUGGAAUGACUGUAUUCAGUAAGCUUCUCCUAGGGACUAUGCACAUCAAAUCAUAUGAUUGGCUUGUGGAUCCUUCACAAACGCCUCGACAUCAGGAAGUCCAUUUGGCUAAGGUUAAGGUCGAUGCCGACUUGACUGCUCCAUGCAAGACCUCCAUACUUUACCCAGCUGAUGGAGGCAACAUGCAUUGCUUCACUGCGGUGACAGCAUGGGCGGUGUUGGAUGUUCUAGGCCCUCCGUAUUCUGAUCCCGAAGGACGGCAUUGCACUUACUACUCCGACUACCCUUUCAUGACAUUCUCGGGUACUCUUACAGCUGAUGAGCAAGUCUCAAUACCAGAAGAAGAGAAAGAUAAGGUAGCUUGGCUUCAAGAGAGGGACAAACCUGAGGAUUUGGUGGUUGUUGGAGCGCUAUACACUGGUCCUGAAAUUGUGGAGGACUGAUCUGAGAGCUCUCAUCAAAUAUCCUCUAAUGCCAAAACAUCAUUUUUCUUAUCCUUUUUGUCUUGUGGGUGGCUGCUGUUUCAGCUUUAGAAGCUUCUAUUUAACUUUUCUUUUUAGUGGGACAUGGGUACUCUUGCUUAUUUUUUUUCUUACAGUUUUUUUUUGUAUAUAAAAGGGAAAAAAUAACUGAAAAAGGGGGAAAGGUGUUGUAAGUGCACCGGAUGAAGUUUGUUGGUGAAUGAGAAAAA